AUGGCAGCUCUCGAAGCGAGUCUCGGCGCGCUCACUGUCGAAAGCGACGACGCGCCGCCCUCGCCACCCAAACCGCCGCCGUCCCUGCGCAAGUUCGCGAUCCUCGCGACGCGCGCGAAGAUGCACGCCAAGGCGCUCGAGCUCUGGCGGCGCCUCGCGGCGGCGGACCCCGACGACUGCGUCGCGUGGUACAACGUCGGCGGCGCGGCGGCGGGCCUCGGCGACGUCGACGGCGCCCUCGAGGCCUACGCGCGCGCGCUGGCGCCCCACUGCGGCGCCGCGCUGCGGUCCGCGGCGCGCGCGAACGCGGCCGCGCUCUGCAUCAAGGGCAGGCGGCCGGCGGCGGCGGCCGAACACUGCCGCGCGGCGCUGGCGGACUUCGACGCGGCGCCCGGCGGCGACUUCCCGGCGCACGCGCUCUACAACCUCAACACGGCGCUGCGCCAGGUCGGCGACCAGCGCGGCGCCGUCGCCGAGACGUGGCGCCGCCUCUCCGCGGCCGCGGCGCCGGGCUCGGCGCUGCGCGCGUUCGCCGCGGCCCGCGCCGCCGGCGCCCCGCGCGACCCCCGCGCGCCGGUCGCGGCCGCGGACGACACGCUCACCGUCGCCUGCGUCAAGUGGGGGACGAAGUACGACGCGGGCUACGCGAACACGCUCGCGCGGGCCGUCCGGCGGCACCUCGCGGUCGGCGCCGUGGUCUGCUACACGGACGAUCCGUCGGGCCUCGACGCGGACGUCGUCGAGGCGCGGCCCCUGCCGGCGGGCACGGCCCUCGAGGCCUGGUGGCUCAAGGCGUACCUCUUCUCGGCCGACGCGGGGCUCGAAGGCCGCGUGCUCUACGUGGACCUCGACACCGUCGUCUGCGGGCCCCUCGCGGGUCUGGCGGCCUACGGCGGCGACAGCGUCGCGCUGCUCGGCACCGACGACCUCGCCAACGAGAACCGAAGCGGCGGCUACAACUCGUCGCUCAUGGUCUGGACCGCGCCCGCGCUCUCGGAGAUCUACGACCUCGUCGCCGAGCCCGGCGCCUACGCGGCGCUGAGCUCGUGCGUCUACAAGUUCGACCACUGGCUCGAGAUGCUCCUCGACGACGGCGUACCGCUCCAGGACCUCGCGCCGGGCCUCGUCGCCGAGUACGCGCGCGACGUCCUCGCCAACGGCGGCGCGCCGCCGCCGGGCGCGUCGAUCGUCUGCUUCCCCCUCGAGCCCAAGCCCCACGACGUCGCGACGCCCUGGGUUGCCGCGCAGCAUGGAUUUGCGCGCCGCGUCGCGCUCCUCGAAAUGUACGUGCGCGUCAAGAGGAAAACGACGACGAUCUUCCUGAACGUCGAGAAGUCCGACUCCUUCGGGGGCGUCAAGCAGAAGAUCGGCGAGAUCCUCGACGUCCCGGCGACGUCCGUGCGGCUGUCGACGACGAACGACAUGGCGACGGGCGAGGUCGUCGACACGGCCUUCGUCGACAACUUCGUCGAGAGCGACGCCGAGAUCGACGUCGCGGAGGAGAGCGCGAAGCCGAGCGCGUGA